AUGAUGGAACUGGCUGAGCAAUACAUUCUGAAACAUCUCACAAUGUCACUUCGAAACAUGGAAAAUUCAGAAUACAUAGGAAUACCCAAUAAACAAAUCAUCCAGGCAAUGGUAGCAAGAUUUCAUAGUCGGAAACAGAAGUCGACACUGAAAUGGGUUAAAGGGCACAAUGGACAUGUAGGGAAUGAGAUAGCAAAUCACCUGGCAAAUGAAGGAGUAUGGUGGGAUACUGUUGAUGACAUAAAUCUGGAGGUAGACCCAACACUCAAAGACAUGUUUGGCAAGAGACCAACAGAAGCAGCCCUAUGGAGAUUGUUUCAACACAGAGACAUCAAUCGCAACACCAGAUACUUUCUGUGGAUGGCCAUGCAUGAGGCAUACAGAGUUGGGGCCAAAUGGCUUCACUUUGUGCCCAAAUACCAUGAAUGUGCAUACUGCAAGCACUGUUAUGGCGAGUUAGAAAGCAUGGAGCACAUCUUAACCGCAUGCUUGUCACCUGGUCAAAAGGAAAUCUGGGAGCUCACCAAAACCCUUCUGGAACAACGGAAUAUCCCUGUAACCCACUAG